CUCUGCUGCCCUAGACUGAGGCUCAGGGUGCCUCCAGCGCCUCACACGAGCCUUUACAACAAACACACAGAGACGUUCCUGCUGAAGGAGCUGCUGCACCUGCUCUUCUGAUCAGCUCAACCAGACUUCAGAGACUUUUAAGUGAGAGGAUCCUGAAUUCAAGAAAAUGAAACUUGAAGUUUUCUCUGCUCACCAUUUCGCGCAAAAGCCGCUGGAGUUGUGCAUGGACGCAGAAGGGGGAGUACCGUCUCCUCUGUCCGGGGACGAGCUGGGAUCUGACGGGGACUGCGUGGCCAACAGCCCGGCACCUGUCACCCAGAACGGGGACAGCAGUAAGGGCAAACCCUACACACGCAGACCCAAACCCCCUUACUCCUACAUCGCCCUGAUCGCCAUGGCCAUCAGAGAGUCAAGCAGUGGCCGCCUCACGCUGGCAGAGAUCAACGACUACCUGAUGAAGAAGUUCCCCUUCUUCCGCGGCAGCUACACCGGCUGGAGGAACUCAGUGCGCCACAAUCUGUCACUCAACGACUGCUUUCUAAAGGUGUUGCGGGACCCGUCUCGGCCAUGGGGCAAGGACAACUACUGGAUGCUGAACCCGCACAGCGAGUACACCUUCGCUGACGGGGUGUUCCGGCGCAGGAGAAAGCGCAUCGCCAAGAGGAACUCCAGUAAGGAGCAGGAGAGCCCGGAGCUCCUGAGCGAGGACACCCGCCUCCCCGCGCCGGAGGAGAGGGUAGGGGCCAAGUUCUCCAGUUCCUUUGCCAUCGACAGCAUCCUCAGCACACCCUUCAAACGGAGGGAGGAUAGCCACGUUGACGCAGCACACCCCCACGCCCCCCGGCUCUACUGGCCCCCAGGGGCCCACAUACUGCCCUACACUCUGAGCUAUCACGCACAGCACGCAUACCUGUCAGAGGGGGGCUACAGCAGCAGCACGGAGCCUGGCAGAGACGCACUCACAUACCUGCAGCAGACAGCACCUGAGGCCGCUCUGCACGCGCUCAAGAUGCCCAGCAAGGCGCGAGGGUUCCAUAUAGACUCUCUGCUCUCAUGAGACACGCGGACUGCCGGCAGACCUGUAUGUUUGGACUCAUGAUGAGCACUUUGGGCGCUCUUAGCUUUCUUUAGCUGUUUGGGACUCUGUCUCAUCAUGACUGCUGUACGUCGUUUUACAGUAAAAUCAAAACAAACAUGGCGUCCUGUUAAUAUAGAUCCAACGGUUUGGUGACCCAGCAAAUAGCUGCUGUCGUCACAGGACAUUCCAAAGUGUGUGUUUGUUUGUGUGUGCAUGAAUGUAUGUGUGUGAGAAGUGUUUAGAACGAGUGUUUGUAUCUAUUGUCUGGUUCAUUGGUCAUUUCUACUGUAUGACGGCAACAAAGUGCCACGUUGAAACAUAAAGUUAUUCAUUUAUUUAUAUUUCCAUGUUUUUAUGAUCUGCUGUAUAAAAUAUUGCUGUGUAAAUAUCUACAUUAAAUAUUGAUGUGUGUGUAUAUGUACAUAUAAAUAUUGACUGAGCUGCGAUGAGGGUCACGUGGCUGCACUACAAACGCAUGGAAAAGCCCGAUGUUUCUCAUGAGAUCGAUUCAUGCAUGCCUGCUAUUUUUAUGAAUUAAAAAAAUAUGAAACAA